AUUUCUCAUCUCCACUGCAAUAGAAUUGAGUUCGUCAUCUCCGAGUUGUUGGCAGUAGUACCUGUAUGCUCUUGCUUCGAGCGGUCGAUAUUGUCAACCGUAGUUGUCAAGAACAAAAUUAUUUUGCUGCAACAUGUUUUUCGGAGGACUCGUUUCCGUUGUGUAUAAUUUGUGUACUUAAUAGCGUCGGUCGUCCAUACUUCUAGUUGACCACUUUAGCAGGUCCCAUUCCCAAUCGUAAAAGAUGACAACGAGGAGCAAAAAUCCCAUGUGUUCUGCGUGAAGAACAAUCCCGUUACAGUCUGUGAAUUAUGCGUUGUGGCAUUUUUGGGUGAUUUUUAUGAAGAACAAAACAUAUAGAAAAUUCUAACCCACGACCAUGCCGAUUCACAACAAGUAUCAUGUGAGCAGUACCCUCCAAGUCGGACUGGUCGUCGUGCUGGCGAACAAGUAAGUGCCAGCACUCGUUACUUCUCGGUUAAUAUGUCUCCUGCUGCACAACACUACUAGGAAGACUGCGCAGCAAGACCAAUCGUGCUCCCCACCACGUCGAGAGUCGUAGCUUGCGGGCUGGAACUGCUGGUACAGUCGUGCUUGUAGGCCGCUCAUCUGAACGAGGAGAACAAGCCUGGUUGUUGUAGUUGUGGCAGCUCCUGGUGGUCCGCCACCAAGUUGUACGAACUUUGAGAACCAGGAGAACGAAGCACAGACUGGCAGUCGAGAAGAGCUAUCGACGAUGGGUGGGUGUAUUUCCGACCUUGAUGGCACCAACGAACGGCGGCGGUACCAGCGGCAGCAGAACCAACAGCAGGAGGUGAUGCUGCUGCAGCCGGUGGUGGACCAAAAUGGCAACGUGAUUGGGCACAACCAAAUUCCAGGCAGGAUGACCCCCGACGGCCAGGUGGUGCCGCUGAGUGGCGGGGGGCAAAUACCACAAAUGCAGGUGAGCAUAUAGCACUUACACGUUGUAGUUUACUAUUUAACACUACAGGCUCGUCUUUGACUUUGAUUGCUCGUUGUAGAGGUUCUAGAGCGGUGAUGUUCGCAACUCCUCUUCAGGAAGUUGCAUUCGUAGUUUGUUUUUCUUGUGACGUGGUCAUUGACUGUUGCCGCUAGAUGAAAGAACGUGGGACGAGUAAAACAUUUUUUUCUCUUUCUACAGUCGCAGCAAGUCCCCAUGUCGUCGGCGGGUGGUCAACAACAGCACAGCAACAUCAGCCCGCAAGGCCAGCCGAUGCAGCAGCGUCCAUCGGGGUACGGCAAUAUGCCAAACUACCAACAACCCUUUCCGCAAGGAGGGCACGCACCGCCUCCGUUGACCGGGCGGCAGAAGGCGCUGCUAAUCGGGAUCAAUUACCGAGGCACGCGGGCAGAGUUGAUAUGGAAUGCAUAAUAUGUAUCUAGGUCUGGAAAAUUGCGAGAUUUGUCAUGCUGAUCUGGUAUGGCCUUUAAAUCUGUAUUGCGUAGGGCCAUCGAAACAGCCUCUCUCGGUCUCGCCUGUCAUGCAAAAACGCAGUUUCUCAUGCGGAAUACGAAGCACAGAAGCACGAAAAAACUUAUCAUGCUUGGCGGCGCAUUACAGUGCAUUUGUUCUUGACUGACUUGCAUCACAAGUUUCCAGACCCAGACAUGUUUGCAAUCCAUAGCUGAAGGGCUGCAUCAACGACGUGCAGAAUGUGUACCGGCUCCUUAUCAAAAGGAAAACAAAACCCCCCUCCCCAUAUCAAAACGAAAUUUCUGAUGCUGGAUUUGCGUACACCGAUCAACCUUGUCUUGCAGUAGAGGACUGCAGGCCCAGACUAAGCCUGAGCGGGGAGGUUUUGGCCCAGGCGCUCAGCACGGCAAAAGCUUAUGCUGUAGGCCCAACGGCAUGACAAUCCGCCGGCAUAAUGCGGGGGGCCUUCUGGGUUUGCUUUCUUGCAAGACAGACAUGAUUUGUGACCAUAAACCAGCAUCACAAAUUUCCAUCCAAAAGCGUGACUUUUCAGUAUGGGAAGGGGGGAUUCUUCCUCGCGAUACUCCUCACCGAAACUUUCCGGUGGAAGACGGACCAAAUCCGCGUUUUGACGGAUGACGGCAGGGGCACCUUUGGCGAGCACCCCACGAAUAUCAACUGUAAAAAUGUCUGGGUCUGGAAGAAUUCAUGUUUGUCAUGCUUGUCUGGCAUGACUCUUAAAUCUGUCAUGCACAUUACCAAAGAGCCCCACUUUUCUGUCAUGCAGAAACGUAGUUUGUCAUGCAGAAUAGGCAACACCUAGGAGCUCAGAAACUUGUCAUGCUGAGCCAGCAUUUGUAGCCUCAUCAUGAGACGCCACCCAGCAUCACAAGUUUCCAGACCCAGACAUUUUUGCAUUUGAUAACGAAGCGCAACAUUCUCUCCGGGCUGCACUGGCUCACGCAGGACUGCAAGCCGGGGUAUCCUGAGUAAAAACGUACCCACACCAGAGUUGUAAUGCAAAUUUGCAAAGACAGGAAGACUUGUAAUGCGCAUCCCCAUGAGAGCCAUUUCCAAUCGUGUUUUGGAAUUUGUGAUGCUGUGAACACUACUCGUAGACCUGGACUCGAUUUGUGUGAGCACCCGCUUUGACCUCCAGGCCUUUGAUGUACCACGGUCAGGUACCCUGUACUCGGUCUCUGCGGGACCCCGUGUGGCUGUAGCCGUCCCUGCUUCACUGACCUAGGUCGUCUCUCGUGGUACUACUCGUACGUUGUACUUCGUAAAAAUUCCCGCUAAGUUCCUCCAUUUUCUUGAUACUAUGCCUUUGUUUCAACUGCAACCUUUUAUUGGUUUUAGUAGGGCCUGAUGCCACAAGGGACGAACUGCCCGUAGACCUCCGAUGUGAUGCUGUGAACAGGAUGAGCAGAUGAAUCUGUGACGCGGCUGCACUUGCUAACCUGCACUACACUGCAGAGCGCAACUUGUCAUGCGUGACUCACAAAACUCCUAAAUUUGUGUUGCAAAAUCCCCAUCCUGACUCUGGUGUGGGUGCGUUUUUACUCAGGAUACGGGGGACGUGCUGUUUCUGCUGUACAGCGGACACGGCGCGCAACAGGAGGACCCGCACGGCUACGAAGAAGACGGCAUGAACGAAACGAUCCUGCCCUGUGACUUCCAGCGGGCCGGCCAGAUAUGACACUGCACAACUCCCCCUGCUCCCCGUCAUUUGUAUUGCAUGAACAGCAACACAAACAGCAGCACACGUGAAGCCAGUGCAUGACAAAGUCAUGCGCCGAGUGUAGUACAGUUUCGGCCGCUCCUUCCGGAGUCUGUCAUGCAUAAAUAGUGACGCAAAGAAGCAAUUGGAUUUGGGAUUUUGCAUGAGAAAUGAGACCGAGGGGGGGUUGUGCGCUCUCAUACCAGAUUUCCGACGACCAGAUGGCGGACAUCGUGGUGCGACCCCUGCUAUGCAUUUUUGCAAAAAUAUCCUACUUGUACUAGUAUGGAUCGCAUGACAAAUUUUCGCCAAAACAAAAUAGUACGCAGUUUGUCAUGUUGAAUCAGGUAGAAAGUCUAGAUUUGUCGUGCCAGACUGCAAUCAAUCUGUAGAGUCGUGCGAUAUUUUUGCAGUGGAUAGCUUCCUGAGGGCGCCAGGUUGACCUGUUUGAUGGACAGUUGUCAUUCAGGCACUGGUAUCAAAUGUAAAAAUGUCUGGGUCUGGAAGCAUGCAACUUGUCAUGCUAAAUCUGAAGCAUCCAAAAAUUAACGCUGGACCAGGCGGUGUCAAAUUGAAUUCAAAACGAAUUCAAAAUGAAUUCAAAAAGUGAGCACUUUUGAAAUGAGCCACAAUCCGCGAUGCCCUGGGCUCUCAGCGGUUGCUGCCCCGGCAGCUUUUGGCGACCUGGUAGCGCCGCUGCCUCCUGGCUCAUUGGCUCGGGGGACGGGCUCAACCCGAAGGGCUGCUCCGCGCCGUACUCUCAGUGUUGCUGAAUGAUGACCGAGGGCCAGAGCGAUGCGCUCUGAUUCACUUUCCGGCAUACGCCCGCAUCGCCUGUGAAGGGCGGCGGCGCUCUGUCGUGGCUUAAAAUUUCGCGCCACUAUUGUGUAGCGCCUGUCUGACACGGGUGGCGGUCUAGUCAUUCCCGCGGCCGGCGCUAUUGUUGGCUUUGGCACUUCAGGCAGGAACGCUACAACUGGCCCGCACGGGCGCAGAAGGGGGCUGCGCUUGUUUGCGGCGCUAAUUUGGGAUCGGCGCAACAAUUCUAAAGUUCAUCGGGGAGUGGAUCUCAAUUUCAAACUCCAUCCGAUCGACCGGCCCCAAUUCAAACUCCAUCCGGACGACCGGCCCCAAUUCAAAACCCAUCCGGACGAUCGGCCCCAAUUCAAACUCCAUCGGGGCCAUCGGGGCAAAUUCAAAACUCAUCCGAAUUCUGUCGGAAUUCCGUCCGAAUUUUGUCCCCUACUUGGCUUCUUGAUUCGGACGGAUUCUGACAGAAUUCGGAUGGAUUUUGAAUUGGUGGGGGAUGGGAUUUUGUGGUCGGGCCACCAGAGUUGUGCCUCCACUCGACUUCACCUACCGAGACUAGCCUGGGCUAUCUUGGGUGGCUGACCGCAUUGGGAAUGGCGGCCGGGGAUGGCCUCGCCCCUGGCGGCAUUUUGUCCACUAGCGUCACAUGCAAUAUGCACAGGCUGACUCGCUUGAGCGCUCGCCGGGCCAAGCCGCGACCCCGACACCGACGCCAGCCAUGCUCCUAACCGCAUAAGCCGGCCCCCGACGCUUCCCGGCAUUUUUCUGUGGCUGGGCAGGGUCUUCUCUCAUUACACCGGCAGCACCCCCCUGGCGCCGAGCCGGGUUUCAAGGUUCGCAAGUUAAGGCAUGAUAACAAACUUCGGCCGCCGGUCGAACCAAAGCCCGUUCGCCCCAUUUCCCGGAAGUUCCUUCGCGGGGUUGGAUCCCGUUGCCGUUUCGCGCCUGGUCCGCUGGACCAAGCACAGGGCGCAGCGUUCGUGUGAAAGCGGCUACAGGCCGUUUUCUAUAGCUGUCGCGCGCCGCAUUUGUUUCGCCCGAUUCGCCCCCUCGGAGGGGCGUUUUUUUGAAAAUGCCAACUUUUUGAAUUCAGUUUGAAUUCCGUUUGAAUCACGAUUACACUCUGAGCGGUCUAGAGUUAACCAAAAAUCUGUGUUGCGUGAUUACCAAAAGUCGUCCAGUUUUGACCAAGUCGGGAGGGAGUUUCUCAUGCAGGAUAGGCAUGAGAGAGAUCGCACAGAAUCUGUCGCGCUAGGUCCUGCAUUCCAGACCUGAUGGGUCAUGGAAAAGCUGCAUGACAAGUCGCGCAUUCUUUCAGACCCAGGGACAUUUUUGCAUUUGAUAACUGGGCUGGAUCUGCCUUGGACCUGGACACCAGGAAGGGGUACGUCGGAAUUAAGCCGAAGUUGUAGAUGCAAGAGAAGUUUUUCUUUUUUCAGCAUGGCUCUGUGCAUGACAAGAUCAUUUGGAAUCCAUUUUGCCUAAGUGCUUGUGCUAUAGCGAUUCUCCCGGAUGUUGAGAAACAAAAAACUCCAGGUUGGCGAGAGGAUACAAACCCAUUUCACUCCCGCGGCGAUGUGCAGAUGUUCUCGGGGUGCGAAGACUCGCAAACUAGCUCCGAUGGUAUCGCGUGGAAAAAACAGAGUGUAAGGACUACAACCCUGACCGCCCAGGUCGGUACUAUUAUUACUCACGAAAGCAUUCUGGGAUUGGGAAGCGCAGUUGUUCGGAAUUGUAGGCGCUACGUUCUUCCGGAAGGCGCAAAAGUGUUUGUCUUGAGAAAAGGCGCACUUUGUUAUUGUUCUUUUUUGUUUUAUUUACGAACGAAGCGGAUCUGAAAAUUCACCCAUCUUCUCCCGAUCUUCAUGCCUCUCUGGUGGAAAGCUCCGGCUGCAAGAGAAGCUGGAUCAUGUAUUUGAAAACGCGACGGGGACGCAGGGAUUGUAGUACAACAUGAUUGAAGUUUUUUCCACGCCACACCUUGCGGGAGCUACUACGGACAGCGGGCCGGCGCCAUGACCACGGCGUUUUGCGAGACUAUGCGGAAUUUCUACUCGCGCGGGAACGCGCUGACCUACGAUGAACUGUUGCGGGAGCUGCACCGGCAGAUGCGGCAGCGCGGCUUUUCCCAACGGCCCCAGCUGACCAGCAGCCAAGCGUUUGGCAUGGACCGCAUGUUCAUCUUGGACUCCGUGACCAUGAACACCAACACAGUCUACGGCCGGGUGUUCCGGCGAAAAUUCCCCCCCAGGCCCCGGCAAAUGGACGGCCCCUUGGCGGACAUGCUGGGCAUCGGCGCGGGCGUGGUUGGCGGCCUGAUUCUCGCGGACUUGCUGUUUUGAUAGUGAUGACGAUCUUCGCGGGAGGAAAUCAACACGGCGAUACCCUAAACCCUAAAUACGGCGUUCUUGCUGAAAAGGUUGGUGGUGUCGUAGUAGUACAGCAGGAAAAUUUACUUUCAAAUGUCAAUUGUGAUGCUUCAGAUGAUCGCCUCUCCUGUUGUACGGCCUCAUGGUACUUAUCAGCGCGAAGAAUUUCAACAUGUAUGAUUGCUUGAUGAAGAAAUCGAAAUGGAGAACGGGGCAGCGUAAUGUGUAUUGUUUCGGAACUAGAUCAACUAGAGAAGAGAAAGAAAACAAGGGAGUUCUUGUGAACCUGAAAAACCAAGUGAUCCAAUCACGUUGGC